UCCCCGCAGCGCGGCCAUGGCGGGCGCGGCGCGGCUCGGGGGCAGCGCCGUGUGCCGCUCCCGGGAGCCCGCCGUGUACCGCUCCCGGGACCCCGUCCGCAACCUGCGCCUGCGGGUCCGUAUCCAGCGGGUCGCGCCGGCCGGGCCUCUCCUGCCGGGGGCGCCGCCGCUCGCCGGCCCCGAGCGCCCGGGCCGGGCCGACAGCGAGGGAGCGGGAGCGGUGCCGCUGCGGGUCACCGCGGCCUCCCGCGCAGGCGCCCAGAGAGCCCCGCAGGACUCGCUGGAGGAGGAGGAGGUCGAGGUGGGGUGGCAGGAGAAGCUCUUCAGCCAGUUUGAGGUGGAUCUGUACUUGAACGAGUCAGCCUGCCAGACUCCCCUGGACUGGCAGUACCAUGAGGAGAUCCAGAAACUGGAGAAGGCUGGAGGUCGGAAGAAUUGUCGCAUCUUCACCUACACCGACCACGACCGAUUCACCAACCUAGAGGAGCUCUGCCAGAAGGUAACUGACCUGGAUCAUGAAGUGCCAUCACAUCUGGUCGAGAGGAUGGCCAAUGUGAGGAGGAGAAGACAGGACCGUAGGCCUGUAGAAGCAAGUUCUCUGAAGUCAAAAAUCAUCACCUGGGAACCUUCAGAAGAAUUUAUAAAGAACAAUCAUGUAAUUAACACACCUGUCCAGACCAUGUACAUCAUGGGGGACUUGGGACCUUAUGGGAAGCUUGGUCACAGGGAGUAUGAAAAUGUGCUUUGCACAAUCAAGGUGGAUGGCAAUGGGGUGAUCACAGUGAAGCCUGACUUCAGUGGCACCAAAGGAGCUUACCGGAUCGAGCUAGAUGGAGAGAAGCGAGAGGUGUGGGAAUACACCAUUGAGAAUGCAUCUGCCCAGGUGCAGCCAGAGGAGGAGGAGCGGGAGCAGCGUGUGUUCAGAGAUCUGUAUGGGCGGCACAGGGAUUACCUCAGUGGGCUCGUGGGCUCAGACUUUGAAAUGCCUCUUCCUGGUACUCUGAGACUUUUCAUUAAUGGAGAAAUAGUUUCAGCUCAAGGCUAUGAGUAUGACAACCUUUAUGUGCAUUUCUUCCUGGAGCUGCCUAGCCAGUGGUCAAGCUCCCCGUUCCAGCAGCUCUCAGGAGUGACACAGACCUGUGCCACCAAGACAGUGGGCUGGGAUAAGGUGGCAUACUUCUGCUACCCCUUCACUGUGGAGAUGUUUUACACCCAAGAAGAUGAAGACGAUCUCCCUCAGUGGCCUGUUCUCUACUUUGAGGUCCUGUCCCUGGAUUUCUGGCAGAGGUAUCGUGUGGAAGGAUAUGGGUCCUUGGUGCUGCCAGCAUGUCCAGGUGUCCACCUGCUCACCAUCCCUACCUGGCGUCCUGUGGGGCUGGGAACUGUUGCUGAAAUGAGGAGGUUUUUCAUUGGGGGAUCUCCUGAGCUGGAGGACUUAACCUACAUCCGGACACCAUCGACCUUCCAGGGAAAGCGCUUGAGCCGCUUUGGUUUCCGGACAGAGACCACAGGGAGCGUCACGUUCCGGCUCUAUUGCCUGCAGCAGUCCAAAGCCUUUCUGGAGAGCAGUGCCCUGAGGCAGCGCAUGCAGAGUGUGCUGGACCGACUGGGAGGCUUCAGCCAGCAGAGCUCUGUCUACAAUGUUUUGGGAAGUGGGAUCCUGUACCAGGAGAGAUGGUGUUCACUGAAAAGACACACCCCUGCCCUUCCCUGAGGCUGUGUUAUGCAUUCUGGCCUGUGUCCCUGUGUUGUAGAGGCUUUCCAGCGGGCACGGCGCCGGAUGCAGGAAGCGCGGGAGAGCCUUCCCCAGGACCUCAUCAACACUUCUGCCUCUACUGCACUGCAGCCACCAGAGCCAUGAGUGUCACCUCUGCUGCUUGGAGCACUUGGCACCCUCCCUCCAGCACAGGCUCCCACCCCUCAGCAGAGGAGUCCCAGUGCUGGGGCCUGGAAGCUUCAGAAGCCCUUCCUUUGCUGUUUAACCUGGAUGAGGGAGAGAACUUGUAACACCUCCAGACCCAGAAUUUGCAUUUCCACAAUGGAAGGAGCCCUGUUUUUCAAGGCCCUUUGUUACCAGGCUCUAACAAUACAGCAAAUUUUUUACAUUUCUACCGAAAUACUGACAUGUAACCUGUGAACUCUGUAACACCUUUUCAGGGAUUGCAAAGGAAAUAAUGAGAAAAAUUGACAUGACUUGGUAAAUUUAGUCUUCUUAGAGAAGAGGAUGAUGUUGAAGGUAAAGGCAUGGAUGCUGUUUGAGAUUAAUGGAGUUAUUCUCAAGAUAACUUCUUGAGAAAUGCUGAUUAUUGUUGUUAGCUGUUGUGUACAGAGCAAUCAAUAGUAAAAUGAAUCCAUCCA